GCAUAUUUUUUCAUAAAUAACAUGUCUAACUAGCUAUUAAGCUCUAUUACUUACAAACAUACUAACACAAGUAUGUCUCUAUCAUUGAGUUAUACUACGACCGGGCUUUUUCUUUUUCUUUUUUUGGAAAAUAUAUAGCCAUUAAACACAAGCUUAUAUAUACGGGGCUUAUAUAUACGAGGGUAAUUUGAAAAGUCCGUACAAAGUCGGAGAGAUGGCACCUCUGGUUAGAGAUUAUUUUCAAUUAGUAGCAUUUCUUAGAAGAGAACACACCAAGUUUCAGCCAGACCAGUCAAUUUCUUUGUGUUUGGCGUGUUCGUUUGAAUCGACGAAGUCGAGUGAUUUCUAACAAAUGGAUAAAAGAGAAUUUCGUGUGUUGCUCAAGCAUUACUUUAUAAAAGGCAAAACGCCUAAGGAGACUAAAGAAAAGCUUGAUAAAAAUUAUGGUAAAUCUGCACCUUCGAUCAGUACGGUUUAUAAAUGGUUUCAAAAUUUUCGGAAUGGCAAUAUGAGCACAAGUGACGCUGAACGUUCUGGACGCCCUGUUGAGGCCACUACUCCAAAAAUCAUUGAUAAAAUCCAUAAUAUAGUGAUGAAUGACAGAAGGAUUAAGGUCCGUGAGAUUGCUAGUGCUGUGGGCAUCUCGACUGAACGGGCACAUAAUAUUUUGCAUCAACAUCUGGACAUGAAAAAGCUAUUCUCAAGAUGGGUGCCGCGAUUGCUCACAGUUGACCAAAAGCUAAAUCGUGUGAGAUGUUCCAAGGACGGUUUGCAGCUGUUUCAACAGAAUCCACAGGACUUUAGGCGCCGUUUCGUCAUUGUGGACACAACAUGGAUACACUACUACAGUCCUGAGACCAAGGAACGGAUUGCCGGCGCAGAAUCUGUAUCAAAGCAAGCAAAGACCGUUUUUUCGUCCGGGAAGGUUAUGGCGACUGUCUUUUGGGAUUCGCAAGGAAUUAUCCUCAUUGACUAUAUGGAAAAAAGUAAAACUAUUACAGGUGGAUACUAUUCAUCGUUAUUGGACCAUUUGAAAACUGAGCUGCAAAAAAACGUCCACGAUUGAGUCGCAAAAAAGUCCUUUUGCAUCACGACAACACGUCAGCCCACUCCUCU